GUGUCAUGGAGAAGCUUGGGCUUGGUCCAGACGUCCUUCUACAGGAGAAUCCCAGACUCAUCUAUGCUAGACUUACUGGGUUUGGCCAGACAGGAAAAUACGCCAAGUCUGCAGGUCAUGACAUCAAUUAUUUGGCUUUGUCAGGUGUGCUGUCAAAGCUGGGUAGAAAAGAUGAAAAUCCUUAUGCUCCCAUAAAUCUUCUGGCUGAUUUUGCUGGUGGAGGUGUCAUGUGCGCAAUGGGCAUUGUUACAGCCCUUUAUGAACGUACCAGAUCUGGCAAAGGGCAGAUCAUUGAUGCAAGUAUGGUAGAAGGAGUAGCAUACCUAAGUUCUUUCCUGUGGAAAUCACAAAAUUUGGGACUUUGGAACAGACCUCGAGGUGAGAACCUGCUAGAUAGCGGUGCGCCUUUUUAUGAAACCUACAAGACUUCCGAUGGAAAAUUCAUGGCUGUUGGUGCCAUUGAGCCUCAAUUCUAUGAGCAGUUAAUAAAGG